AUGGAGCAUUACGACAUUGAAGAUCCCUACCAUUACGGAAAGACAAUAUAUGCCAACCACUACGUUUGCCUCUGGCAGGUCACACCCCCAGAGAUAGUGGACCACUGGGACUGGGAAAAGAUCAACGGCGACGAGAACUGGUACGAGAACACUGUUCUACCAGCCUUCGCAAAGCACGAGAAGCAUAAACAUCAGUGUGAUGCUGCAUUAAGCUCCGCUUUAGAUAAGUUGUCGCUGCAUAAUCAUGAGGACGCCUCGUGCAGGGAGGCCAGUAUUGAGGAAGAAGUUGAUGUAAGUGGAGAAUUAGAAGAGCUUGAUGGCAACAACGUAGAAGAACGUGAGUACGUGGGUGAUGCUGGCACUGUCGAACCAACGGGUGUUCGUAGGAGUCUUCUGUGA